AUGAGCACCGCUUCGAGCAAUAAUUGUAGAGUGGAAGAGCAGCAAGAGCAAGAGGUGCUCUCGCCUCAGUGGCUGCGAUCUUUACCGAGAAGUGGGACCAUUUUGCUCCGCGCCACGACUAGAAGCGCCAGAGCAGGAACGCAGAGGGCAAAACAAAAUGAAGAGACAAGCCUCCGCCGUCGCGUUUUGGCAAAGCCAAAGCAACAACGUCGCCGCCGCGCAGCUGCGCCAGAACGUGAGCAACCAGAGCGGAGGCGCCAAGCUGCAGGGCCCUCCGAGCAGUAUGGACAUGAUGGGCAUGGAGAUCGAUCCCUAGCGCCGCGGCGGGAGGGAUGA